UUUACAAAAGGCUCGCCCUCGACUGGGGUACGUCACGUCUCGGCGAGGGGCGCCGAGUCCGCAGUGUCGCCGGGUGUCGCGGUCCUCAGUGGUAACUCGCGGCGCUGUGGUGCGGGUAGCGCUCGCUGCACAGCUCACGGUGCACAGUCGGGGUGCUGAACCGUGGCCUGUGGGCAGUGAGACACGCGGCCCGGCAGUCGAAAGGAAAGGAGCGUUCGUCAUGUCAGGAGGCUCAGUGAGCCUGCAGGUGCUGGCGCGCGGCCGGCCCCUGCUGCUAGGUCGGGGCUCUGCCUGCUGUAGGGUGAUCCGCGGCUCGGCCACCGCCGCCAGCCCAGAGGAGCGUGCCGCCGCCGUGCUACCGUUCAGCGCCAUCCCCGGGCCCCGCCGACUGCCCGGCAUCGGCUCACUGUGGCUCUACAAGACUGGUCGGUAUGAUAUGGCACGUUAUCACGAGGUGCUUCAGGGCAUGUAUCACCAGUAUGGACCCGUGGUCCGAGAAGACUUCGGGCCCGACACAGUCAUACAUGUGUUCGACUCAGAAAUGGCAAAGCAGGUUCACCAAAAGGACGGUAAAUAUCCUCACGUGCCACCACUGCAGGAAGCCGUCAGACUCUACCGGGAGAAGAACGGCAUGAGUCCCGGCCUGGGAAACUCGAACGGCGAGCGCUGGUACCGGCUGCGCAGCGCUGUCCAGCAGCUCAUGAUGCGCCCCAGGGAGGUCAGCUGCUUCCUGCCGCUGGCCGACACGGCUGCCCGCGCGCUGGCCCACAGAGUCGACAGUGACGUCACGGCAGACGGCCAGCUGACCAACCUCACCCAGCUGGUCUUCAAGUGGGCGCUCGAGUCGGCCAGUAUGGUAUGUGCCGAGCGGCCUCUGGGCGCUCUGGCUGGCGGGGACGCCGAGCGACGAGCCGAAGAGCUGAUCGCCGCCAACCGGAGGGUGAUGCGCGCCUCGGCACAGCUCAAGUUCUCCUCGCUCCCCCUGUACAAAUACAUCAGCACUCCGAGCUGGAGACGGCUGGUGGCUGCGGAGAACUGCCUGACCAGUUUUACUUUGAAUCUGUUCAACGACACCAUCAAGGAAGUGGAGAGUCUCGUCAGUCGUGGGCGGCUGGAAGAAGGCCAGUACAGAUUCCUCAGUUUCAUGCUGGCUUUGCCGAAUGUUUCAGAGGAUGACACGCUUAUCAUUGCGUUCUCAAUGUUCAACGACGGCCUGUCCACGACGGUGCCGGCGCUGCUGAUGGCUCUGUGGUGUCUGGCCAACACUCCGGAGGCCCAACAGACCCUCUACCGCGAGAUCAGUUCGGCACUCCCCGAGGGCAGCCAGCAGCCGGUCACCGCCGAGGUCGUCAACAACAUUCCAUUCAUGAAAGCCGUUCUCAAGGAGACGCUAAGACUGUACCCGAUUGGCACCGAAGUAUCACGGAUAACGGACAAGGACAUGGAGCUUGGCGGGUACCAUAUACCGGCCGGGACACACGUGGACCUGAACCAGUGGGUGCAGCUGCGGUCGGAGGACAGUUUUCCCGAGCCGGCUACCUUCCGACCGGAGCGGUGGCUAAGACAGAACCGGCAGCAGAUCGACCCGUACCUGCACAUCCCGUUCGGACACGGAACCAGGAUGUGCGCCGGCCGUCGGUUCGCGGAGCAGGACUUUUGUCUGGCGCUGGUGCGGCUGCUGCAGCGGUUCGAGCUGCUGCCGGCUGACGGACACCGGCAGCCGCCGAGGCAGCUCUACGAGACGCUGCUGAUGCCCGACCCGCCCGUCCAGAUCCGCUUCGUCCGCCGCUGAGGUCGUCCAACACACUGCUUCGUCAGACGACGCUGAGGUGAUCAGGAGCCGCUUCGUCGGAAGUCUCUGAGUGAGUUAGGCGGGAUCUGCAUCGUCAAAGCCGCUUGAUGAACGGGAUUCGCUUUAUCAGAACCGCUCAAGACGGUGCACUCCACUCCAGACGCUGAUGUUCGUUCGAGACUGUUUGAUCGGGAAGUCCUGAAGCCCACUUCAGGCUGCUUCACCAAAUACUGGGGAAUCUCAUCAGUGCGGCACAGACUAGUGCGUGCUGCUCAAGUCGCCUGGCUUCGAUUACAGUACUCCAAGUAUCGUUGAGGCUCUUACGAGUGUCUCGCCAAAUGGGUUGAGGACGAAGCUUGUUGGAAGCUUCACGGGUAGACGCCGCUAAAGACUCGGUAUAUUACGAUUUCGGUGCAUUGUGUACGGUUCAAGUGUCAUUUGUGUAAAGGAUGAUUCACCAAGCGUUAUUGGAGCAUGGACAUAAAAAUAUAAAUGUAAAGACCGGACCGCAAGGAUUUAAUCAACAACAAA